AUGGUGGAGCAGACGACUGUUAGUGCCGGAUCGAUGAAAAUCUCCUUUGGUGUAAAGAGACGAGAAGAAAAUAAAGUUCAAGCCUCUGCACCAGCUGUAGUAAUUGAUGUUGAUGUCGACAGCGAUGAAGAACGUGAGCAAGAUGAAAUGGAAAGAGCCGCCAAACGAAGGAGAAUGACUCAUUUUGAAGAUGGAGAUGUUCAAGGAGAUGUAGAUAAGGCAAAAGAGGCAGCUGUAAUCCCAAUGGUAGUAGAACACGACUGGCGAACACAGAAGUUGCUUGAAAAGGAAAAAGCUGGAACAUUGACAGAAGAAGAACGUGCAAAAUUAGCACUCGUUUUACCGAAUGGAAUAGAAGAUGAGAACGGUGUUGAAGGUGACGGAGAGAAGAUUGUAGUUGAAGAAGGGCGUGUUGAUACGGAAGAUGCCGAUUAUUCAGCUAUUCCAAUCGAGAGCUUCGGACUUGCAAUUCUCAGAGGAUGUAAUUGGAAAGAUGGUGAUGGAAUAGGUAAAAAUCCACAGAAAGUUGCCUUGAAACUUCCAAAUCGACGACCUCCAGGACUUGGUCUCGGAGCUACACCGAAAAAUCCAUCAGGAGAUAAGAAAAAUAAAUCGACUGGGAAGGAAAAAGAAGAAAAAAUUGAAGAAAUCAAAGCAGGAAGUUUGAUAAAAGUUGUAGAUGGACGGAAUAAAGGAAUCUACGGAAAAGUUGAAGCGAGAGAUGAUGAUUCAAAUUCUUUAUUCAUCAGAACAGCAAUUGGGGGAAGAGCGAUUAAAGUUAGUCAGAUUGUGGCCGUAGCAGUUAGUGCAAAAGAAUAUGAACGCGAUUCAAAAUGCUUGAACAAGAGUGAAUACGAUAGAGAAAGGGAUAGAAUCGAAGAAGAACGGAAGAAGCACGAAAUCGAGCGACCUUCAACGUCUACAUCAUCUUCUAAUCAUCACAAAUCGUCUUCCUCUUCCAAGUCUUCAUCUUCAAAAAAUGAGAAAUCAGAUGACAGCCGAAGAAGUGAGAAAUUAUGGGCACGAACUGAUCUUCUUGUUCGGUUUAUCGAUGAAGACUUCAAGAGAGGAUCAUUGUUCAAACAAAAAGUUCGGAUAGUUGAUGUUGCUGGAAAAGAUGAUAUAACAAUCGAAGACGACAGAGGCAACACUCAUUACAAUGUUCGUCAAUCUUGGAUAGAAACAGUGAUUCCUCGAGAUGUUGGUGAGAAGCUGAUGAUAGUUGCUGGGAAACGAGCUGGAAAACUGGCGGCGAUGUUAGAUAAGGACAAGAGGAAAGAGAAGGUGACGGUUCGAUUAGUUGAAACUAAUGAUGUCGUCACUGCGUAUUUUGAAGAUGUAUGUGCUGUGAAAAUUCGUCACGAAGAAGAUUAUGAAUAA